GCUGAGCUGCGGGAGGAAAGGAGGAGGAGAGAGAGAAGUUGCCUGGUUUGAAAGCAGGCGAUCUGAACUGAGUUGUAAGUUUGUGAGCGGGCUGCCGGAGGAAUAACUCGGAGUCCGGUCUUGGCACACCUCGGUGUUCUGGAUAUUUACCUCCAGUGCAGAAGAAUGGCGAGAGAUUACGCAGCGCGCUGCCCGCGCUCUCUGGGGCGGAACGCCUGGAUGGUGGCAGCGGUGAUCAUUCUGGCUGCUCAAGGUGCUGUUGCUCAGAAAGUGCGAGUGGAGGAAGAGUUGGAGGCGUAUCCCACAGAAUCUGUCGAUUUGCGCUGUGAAUUCGUCGAUGGAGGGAGUUUAACCAAGCUCACACAGGUAUCGUGGAUAUGGGAACCUGUUGAUGGCCAAAGGGACAACAUUGCCGUGUACCACCCAACCUAUGGGCAGAGUUUUCCCAACGUGGCCUUUAAGGAUCGAGUUAUUUUUCUCCAAAACAAUCUGAGGAUCCCGUCCAUAAGGAUUAAAGACCUGCGCAUGUCCGAUGCUGGGCGCUACACCUGCGAGUACGCUACGUACCCGUCUGGAAACGAGCAGGGAACCACCACGCUCAUAAUGCUCGCCAAGCCCAAGAACUCGGCCAAAGCCGUGACGGUCCAGGCUGGCAGCAAGUCGGUGAUGGUGGCCCAUUGCGAGGCAGCGGACGGGAAACCGGCCGCCACCAUCAAGUGGCUGGCGUCGGUCGGUGGCAACCACUCAACCACCUCUACGAACGGGCCGGACGGCACAGUGACGGUUCGGAGCGAGUACAGGCUGGUCCCGACGGCGGAGGACAACGGCAGAGAGGUGACCUGUCUGGUCGACCAGAAGACCCAGGACCGGCCGUGGACUGAGGUUCUGAAGCUCUCAGUGGAGUACCCUCCCACCGUCACCAUCGACGGUUACGACCACAACUGGUACGUUGGUCGCUCUGACGCGGUUCUGUUCUGCCAUGCCACGGCCAACCCUGAGCCCACCACCAUCACCUGGACAACGGCUUCGGGUUCGCUGCCAGACACGGUGGUGGUGGAGCAAAACAAGCUGACGGUGAGGAAGGUGGACGACGCCGUCAACACCACCUUCACCUGCGAGGUCAAGAACAAGCACGGCGCCAGCAGAAAAACGCUCACCACGUUCGUCAUCGAAGAGAAACGGGAGCCUGUCCAGGAGCAGCAGACAGGCGCUCUGGUCGGAGGCGUCCUCGGCACCCUCAUCUUCAUCGGGAUCAUCAUCGGCAUCGUCUUCCUCAUAAGGAAGUACCAGCAGGACACGGAGGGUCCUCCGAAGCACAAGCCUCCUCCUCCGGUAAAGGCAGGCAGCUCAACGGAGAUGCUGAACAAGCCGUCAGAGCCGCCCACAGCCACAGAGACUGUGCCUCUGAGCCCAGGAGAGGUUUACUACGAGCCCACAGGGGGAGAGCCUGCCACAAUGCUGGAUGAGGAAGCCACCGACGCCCUGAACGGCGGAGCCCCUCCGGUCCUGAACAAGGAUGGCUCUGAUGGUCACCAUGGCAACGACUCAUCCAAUCACGGGCCCUCGUCUGGCAACAUUCCUCGUGGCGAGAGCUUCGUAUCGACCCCCAUGUAUGUGUAGCCGUAGCAACGAAGCCACAACAGAGGCACACGGGAAAGUUUCAGGUCACCUAAAUUAGAAAGAAAAACAAAGGGAGCGGCCAUGACACCUGUUUCUGCUUUUCAUUGUAAACUUAACCUCUAAAGUUUUAAAGUAAUCUGCUCACGGAUGGUUUUCGAUUUCAUUUCCUGCGUUCACAUUUCCUUUUUGUGUUUACAUCAAAGCUAAAGCUUGUAACUUGGGAUGGCUAACAAAAGUAUCAAGCCUAUAUUUUCCUUUUCCAAUUUUCUUUCUUUAAACACUUGUGAAAUUCAGUUAAAGUUUCUAUCUUAAGCCAGGAAGCCUUUGAAAUCAUAUGUGUUGUUGCAUAAGAUGAGGCGGGCUUUAAAACCGCAUGCAGAGCCGUUGUAUAGAUGAACCAGAGCUCUGAUUGGUUACUAAUUAAAAUCCACAUUUCCACCCAAAAACAGUCAGAAAACCGCCUUUUACUGCGAUUUAAUAUGAAAUGUUUUAUGCAACGUUUUGUGCCAUGACGUUUAACAUCAUGAAAUUGUUAUUCAAGUGUGAGAGGGAGGCUGCUGAGCCUCAGCUUGUCUGUUUACAGCCAUGGGACAUAAUUUAAACAUUUUUUUCUCUCAAAACAAGAUUGUAACAAAAAAAAAACACCUUAAGAAAAUUCGGAACAUAACAACUUCCAUAUUCCUGUGUGAGAAACACACCAGUGAAGAAACAAUACUACCAGAACGGAUUCACACCUUUUUUGUUGUUUUUUUCACAUUUUUCUAACAGAAAAUCAACAAACAUCCUUCAUAACAAAGUGAAAACAUGUUUUCAGACAUUUUGGAGUGUUUUAAAAAUGUAAACAUAACACUCAUGGUUUAAUACUUUGCCUAAGCAACUUUGGCAUCAAUCGAAGCCUUAAGUUUUGUUUGGAUGUUUGGAUCUUUUCAGAGAAUCUGAAAUCUGCUUCUCCUGGCUGCCUGCUCGGGUCACUGCCGUUUUGGAAGCUGAAUUCUCACCAGAGACUCCAAAACAAUCUUUGUGUUUGGUGUCUCACCCUGGUGCAAAGCAGUUUCCCGUUUUCUGCUGCAGAAAAACAACCACAAUGUUUACAGACAAAUCUUUGAACGUUUGAUUUAAUAUGAACUGCUAAGUCUGAGAUCUUAAGUAGAAAAAUGUAUAACAUCCAAAUCAUCUUCAGCCAACUGAAUUUAUCACAGUUGGACUCUAAUUAAUCUGCAGAAAGCUCUCAAGGUGGCUCAGUUUUGCGUGAAAUAGCAACGGGAGGGUGUACUUAUGUACCUCUGACUGAAAAUCAUGUUUUCAGUUUGUUGGUAUGGAGAAUUUUCACUGUUUUUCUUUUAAAUAAAACUAUUUAACCUUUAAACAAGUCUCUAAUAUAUGUGGACAAGUGAAUUUCCUGGUGACAUUGUUGUCUGAGAAGCAAAGCCUUCGUUAACGUGAACAAAGGAGACAAGGCAUAAUUCGAAGCUGUAACCUGGCAACAUCACAUAAUUAAGAUGCCGUGAUCCGUAUUGGUUGUGUUAAUUGCAAAAUCUGGUGAGGCUACAGCUGCGUAAAUCAGCUUAUAGCAAUACACAACAUGGGAGUUCAUAAAGAUUCACAAACUGUCACACAAACACACAUUCCUCCUUUCAGAAAUCACACUGUUUUUAAUUAUUCAAAAAAUAUAUAUAGACUGUGUCAUAAUGUGUCAAAUCUGAGCAUAUAUUAGAGAAAAACUGCCAUUAAAACCAUUUCAACCAUUUGAAAUGAUAACCUAUUCUGACAUAUGCAGAACAUUUUGCUUUUUAGCUAAUAAGGGAGAAAUAUAAUCUCACCUCAUCCUGCUGUAUGUCCUCUGGCUGAAACUGAAAUUGGUCAACACAGAUGUCAAACGGUACCAAAUGAUAAAAAUUGUAAAUAGCAUUGAUAAUAUUGAUUUAUAAUAUAUUGUUGGUGACAUGUGUAUACAUCAAAUAAACAGGUGUAGGUGUUAUUAGUGCCUCUGUACAGGGGAUGGAAGUCAGCUAAACGUCAAACGAGCGACUAAAAAAACAAAAUGUAUAUUACUAUUUUGCUUUUCACAAGUCCAUUAAAGUCGUCACUUAAUACGAAGAUGUUUUGAGUAUAAAAAAAAUAAAUGGUGUGGAUUUUAUUCCUUGUUCAUAUUGCUCUGCAUGGCAUGAUCAGUGGCUUGUAGAAACACUUUCCCGAGGCUGUUUGCCCAAAAGAAAUCUUCAUCAUUUGUAAAGGCAUUUCUGAAUAUUGGAAAAGAACGCUGCUUUUCUUUUGUUGUUUUUUUUUUUUUUUUUACAAUCUGUGUCUCGAUGCAUCUGUCAUAAUCGUGCACACCACAAGCUUAAAUCUAAUUUAAGGCGUGUGUUCUUUUGUGUUGUGACAGCUCCCCAGGCUGCCUGUGUUUGUCUUCAGCACAAAUCCAAAAAUACAGUAGACACUGAAUUUCUCUCAGCCACAGAGUGCAACACACACAGAAAUGCAGUUUGUUUGUUUGUUUGUUUCUUCCCUUACCAUUCUUUAUCUUCAUUGAGCCACACAAAUUGUCCUGAGUUCAUCAUGUCAGCUGUCAGAAAACAGGUUGGAGUUAACCAGCUCAGCUCCAACCACCUACAACACAAAGGAGGUGGAUAAACUGCAGAUUUCUAGAGCUGGUCAAUGCGUGGAAAAGCUGAGUGAAUGAUGAGAUAAAUAAUCUUACAUUUUCUGAACCAUAGGCACCUAAUACACUUAUUUCCUGACGUAAGGGAAUAAACCUUACAGUAUCUGUAUUUAGUCAGUAUCUUUCCUGCUGUUGAACGUCCAAUGUGACCAUAAUGUAAAAAAUCAUUAAGAAAUUCUCACUGAGGAAGCUACACUGCAAAAACACAUUUGACCAAGUAUUUUUGAUCUAGUUUCUAGUGCAAAUAUCUUAGUACACUUGAAAUAAACCAAAACUGACUUUUCAGCAUGAUAUAGGAAUUUAUUUUAAGUCAAUAAUUCCUUAAUAUUCAUGAAAAAGUACUAGUUCCACUGAGAUUAUUUUUAAUAAGUACUUUUCCAUCAUUAUUAAAGAAUUGUUUACUUAAAACAAGUUCCUAUUUCUUGCCAAAAAGUUACUUAAAUUUUCUUUUUGUCUUAUUUCAAGAGUACAAAGAUAUUUGCACUGGAAACAAGACAGAACAUACUUUGUAAGAUUUUGUGUUUUUGCAGUGUAAUUGCUACUCCAGCUUAUUUUUUAAACAAUUGUUUACAGACUCUAGAAAAACAUUAGAAAUUUUAUCUACUUUAUCCUAUUUGUAGCAACACAAACAUUUUAGAGUUAAAUAGACGACAUAAACAACAUUUAUGCAAAAGUGGUGACCCAUUUUUUAAAAAUCUAGUUUGUGACGAUGUAGACAGUGCAGUCAAAUUGAUACUAGUUAGCUUUAAGAGAGGAAAAGUCCCAUUUAGAAGCUAGCUAACUAACUUAAGCUAACAGCUACUCAAUUUACACGAGUCAAACAGGGUUGUGGUUGCAGCUGAACAGUUGAUCUACAGAGGAAAACAGGUCAUUGUUAUGUUUUCUCUCAAAUUUCUAAUUCUGUGAAUUCCAGCUCAGACUGGAAAUCGAUGGGUCCAACUAGCUGGUCUGUGGCAAAACAUUAUGGUAUCUAUAGCAAAAUAGGUAUGGUGCAGCUAAAGAUAAACAAAUAUCAGGUAAAAGUUGUAAAACAUUACUAAUGUAGGAUUUCUAAAUAAUUUUUAAAAGUUUUAAGUUAUUUUUAUAAACAUAAUUGUGCUUCAGAUUGGCCCUGUUUCAAGUAGCUGUUAGCUUGAUUAGCUGGUAGCUAAAGUUGGCACCUUCCAGAGUUUCUCUGAUUCUUCUUAGUAAAACACUCAGUAGACGAAACAAUCUAGAGAAAACAACAUUCACCACAGUGUCUCCUUUACUACAGCAUGCUCACUGAAAUAUUUAGUCUAUUUUCAGGAGGACGUAGCAGAAAUACACAUUUAUUUUUAAGUGAAAUUGGAAAAUUUCUAACAAAUAUAUGACAAGUAGUUAUUUUUCUUUAACUGUAAGUUUUUAUUCUUUUCUGAAAAUAGUUAGGAAGGGAGAAUGCUAAUGGAGUAAAAGCUUUUCAAGUUCCUCUGAUUGUAGGCUCUGAUGUUAUUUUUCAUUAAAGGAAAUGUCUGCAUGCUGCACGGAUAUUUUGGGAGAAAAAAAGCUAUUUCCAUAUUUUGCAGAAAAGCUUGUGUCACAUUAGCAGCCCAGCUUUUUAAUUUGCUUUUCUGUUGCAGUGUUGGACAAUCAUGUGUGAUGUAUUUUAUAGCCCUGCCGCAGAACAAAAAGCUGUCUUCAAAGAGGGAAUGUGGCGCUUUUGCCUCUUUUUGUCUGUAAAUUAAUUUCACAAAAUGAAUGAAUGUUUAGUUUCCUGUGGAUUAAUGUGUUUAAUGUGUUUGCCAGCAGGCUGCUCUUGAUAGAUUGAGGAAAGGGGGAAAAGACAAUCAUCAGGACACAUUACAUCAGAGACCAAUGACUCUGCAAGCGUUCAGUUAUGAGUUUUGGCUCUGCCGUCUCAUUUGGAGAAUCAUUUGGCUUUACCCAGCGCCUCACGUUUAGUAGCGGUGUGUCAUUUAGAGGUACCUUAAAAUGUAUGAUUUGCCAAUUUCUGAUAGUCAUGAAGGAAUUUAUGGUACUUAUGGCAAAAGCUGCAAAGAAAUCAAAUGUGUGAAUCUCUGGAUGGGCCGACUAGGGCUCCACAUCCAUAAUGAGGAGAUCCUGCAGUAUUUCCAGAUGGAUCAUUUAACGGAUGAAGCGUUUGUCCCUUCAGUCUCUGCUUCGCAUUUCAGCCAAGGUGCUUGUUCGGUUUCCCCACCUCCACAAUUACGGGUUAAACGCCACAACCAUAAGCUGUGCACGUCAACGAUAAGGUUGAUUACUCUGAAUCCUCUCCUUCAUUAAGCCUAAUUAUUCCAACAAUUCUUUCCUUCUUCUGUCUCUCUCCUUCAUCCUUUGUCACUUCAGCUUUUCGUCACGGAGCCAGACGUGCCUUCUUUUGUUAUUUUUAGCCUUUCAAUUCUCACAUUUUAUUCUUUGACAGUAGAAGCGCUGAUGAGACGAGUAACACACAAACACAGGAUGUGUUUGAAAAGGAAAAUGGGAAUGCUGAAACAAAAGCCACUCUCAUGCACUGGAAAUAUAAUCAUAUUUUUGUGAAUGUUAUUGAUUUUGUUUCAAUUCUUAUGUAUCACUUAUCAUUUUGUAUGCUUUUGGGGAAUUAUACUGUAUGUUUUUCAAUUCACUGUCUUGUCAAAUAAAAUGUAAAUCAAAAA